CGCAGACCUGUUAUAUAAUGCCGACGACUUGGACUGUCGAGAAGUUCGUAGGACUCCGUCUCUUCCGCUUGCUUACAUUCGGCCAUGGUUUUUACCUUCCUUCACUUCGUGUAACCGCAGGUCCCUCUCUUACUUAUCUCACCCUAGCACUUUCCGUAUCGGGUGGACUACAUAAACAAACCUCGACGCCGGUCCUUCCUUCGUUCUGCUCUUCUCACUUCACCCCACCUCACCACAUUUCGAGACCACUUUUACAAUGGCGGCCGCCGAUACCCAAGCACCACCGACUGAGCCGGCACCGACGCUCCCGGACUACUUGACCGACCCGGAUGCCGUCCUCAAGGAUGCGCAGGCGAAAUGGCGAUAUGGCAGGGCGCCCGACUACUCCAAGACCAGGAAGGUGUUUGCGGAGAGUAAGCCGACUUCCGCCAAAACUAUGUCACAUGAGGCCGGAUCUCUUCCAGAGCUCGUUCAGAAUCUGGUCAAGAACUGGGAGGUCGAAGCCUCCUUCAAGCCCACACUGUCCGACUGGCGCACAAUCGACCACGAGAAUUACUCUUUUGCGAUCAAUGGGUCCGAGCCGCAGGGUGCGGAGCACAUGCUCAAGAUGGGCACAUACAAUGCCAUCAUCGCUCCCAACGAGUUCUACAGCCCCGAGUACUCCGACUUUGCGUCGAGUCACAAAACGUUCAAGAGGAUGAUGCCGACGUUCGCGUGGGAGGUACUGGAGGUCUACAGUGGCCCACCAACCGUAUCAUUUAGGUGGCGACACUGGGGAGCCAUGAAGAACGACUAUGUAGGGUUCAACAACAAGGGCGAGAAAGUCACAGCUAAAGCCCAUGGCGGUCCCAUCGACAUUCAAGGAGUUACCGUUGCCACAGUCAACGACAAAAUCCAACUCCAGUCUGUCCGAACCUGGUUCGAUCCCAUGGACAUGUUCCGCCAGAUCGCUCCGAACGGUGUCGUCAAGAAAGAAGCCGUCGACAAGAGUCUUUCGCCCGGCGAAGCCAUAGACAGCGAGCAGAAAGUCGAGAUCGACCAGAGGCCACGGCCCUUGGAGACGUUGAAUGGCAAGAUGACUGAUCUCUCGGUCAAGCCUGUGCAAACUCCUACCCAGGAGUCUGGGCCAAACAAGCUGGUUGCGGGUACUGGAUGUCCCUUCGCAGGCCCGAAUCCCCAGGAGGCAGCAGCUCCAUUUCCUCCGGCGAAGGUUUCAGGCCAUCCUCUUGAGAGCGGCGAACAGAGCAAGAUCUCUCAUCCAAAUAUUGCUCUAAGCGCGUCUGCGAAAGAGAUCCUCAAGUCCGGAGAGCAGGAGGGCGUCGGCCAGUGCCCCUUCAUCUCGACGGCGCCUCAGUGAUAGACUCCUCGGGAGCUUGACGAGGGCGGGAAAUUCAAAAGAGCGGGAGGUUAACGACAAGGUGGAGUACGGCAUUAUGGAGCUAUGGAGCUAUGA